UUCUCACUUUCGAAGGUCAAGAUAACAAAGCCGGUAAUUCCGUUUUGCUACUAUAAAACGAGUCUACGUCAAACCUACGCCGUCACCUGAGUCCAAUAUGAAGACCAUCGUACUGUGCCUGCUCAUCGUCGGCGCUCUGGCCGCCCCCUCUCGCAAACCCAUCUUCCAUCGAGGUCUGAACAGGAUCGUCGGUGGACAGGAAGCUACGCCAGGACAGUUCCCUUAUCAGCUCAGCUUCCAGGACACAUCUUUUGGAUUCGAAUUCCAUUUCUGUGGAGCAUCCAUUUACAAUGAGCACUGGGCUGUAUGUGCUGGACACUGCGUUCAGGGAGGACAUGAACAACCGGACUACCUCCAGGUUGUGGCUGGUGACCACACUCUUUACCAUGAUGAAGGACACGAGCAGAAGGUAGUACUCUCCAAAAUUAUCCAGCACGAGGAUUACAACUCCUUUACCAUCAGCAACGAUGUUUCCGUUCUCCAUCUGUCGAAGGCUCUGACCUUCAACGAUAGGGUUGAUUCUAUCCUCCAAUCUGAGAAAGAAUUCCUCGGUGACUGUGUCGUGUCAGGCUGGGGCACAACUACUGAAGGAGGUCAAAGUCCGGCCAAUCUUCAUUACGUUGAGGUUCCUACCGUUACCGACGCUGAGUGUCGCAAACACUAUGGCGACAGUGAGAUCGAAGACUCCAUGAUCUGUGCUGGACUGCUUGAAGGAGGAAAGGAUGCUUGCCAGGGUGACUCUGGUGGACCUCUGGCAUGUAACGGCCACCUGACUGGUAUCGUGUCGUGGGGAUACGGCUGUGCCCGUCCCAAAUAUCCAGGCGUUUAUGCUGAAGUGGCCCACUUUAAGUCCUGGAUUGAGGCAAACACUGUAUAUGUUUGCUUCAAUCCAUGCCUUGAAGUGGGCCACUUCUGCAUAAACCCCUGGAUAGUUGGGACGGGCACAGCCGUAUCCCCACGAGACGAUACCAGUCAGGUGGCCGUUACAUGCCAGAGGUCCACCAGAGUCACCCUGGCAAGCAUCCUUUCCUCCUUCAAGCAGGCCAGCACAGAUCAUGGAGUCGUCGAUCUCACUGUCGCCAUAGUGUUUGCGACACUCAGCGUCGUCACCGAGGAAUUCUUUCUCAGAUUGGAGGGGGAUAGAAUCAACCCUAUCGUUGAAGGUCAGAGACUUCGACAGAUGGAGAACGGAAACAUCGUUGCUGAUGGUAAACGAGUUGUAAUCCUCGUGCUGGAUAAUUUUGGAGAGUACUACCUUCUGCUCGUGUCCUUCAUCAUGGUAAAGAGUGUGGUCACCAGCCACAACCUACAAACCAGAGGUCUCUACGUCAAACCUACGCCGUCACCUGGGUCCAAUAUGAAGACCAUCGUACUGUGCCUGCUCAUCGUCGGCGCUCUGGCCGCCCCCUCUCGCAAACCCAUCUUCCAUCGAGGUCUGAACAGGAUCGUCGGUGGACAGGAAGCUACGCCAGGACAGUUCCCUUAUCAGCUCAGCUUCCAGGACACAUCUUUUGGAUUCGAAUUCCAUUUCUGUGGAGCAUCCAUUUACAAUGAGCACUGGGCUGUAUGUGCUGGACACUGCGUUCAGGGAGAAGACAUGAACAACCCGGACUACCUCCAGGUUGUGGCUGGUGACCACACUCUUUACCAUGAUGAAGGACACGAGCAGAAGGUAGUACUCUCCAAAAUUAUCCAGCACGAGGAUUACAACUCCUUUACCAUCAGCAACGAUGUUUCCGUUCUCCAUCUGUCGAAGGCUCUGACCUUCAACGAUAGGGUUGAUUCUAUCCCCCUCCAAUCUGAGAAAGAAUUCCUCGGUGACUGUGUCGUGUCAGGCUGGGGCACAACUACUGAAGGAGGUCAAAGUCCGGCCAAUCUUCAUUACGUUGAGGUUCCUACCGUUACCGACGCUGAGUGUCGCAAACACUAUGGCGACAGUGAGAUCGAAGACUCCAUGAUCUGUGCUGGACUGCUUGAAGGAGGAAAGGAUGCUUGCCAGGGUGACUCUGGUGGACCUCUGGCAUGUAACGGCCACCUGACUGGUAUCGUGUCGUGGGGAUACGGCUGUGCCCGUCCCAAAUAUCCAGGCGUUUAUGCUGAAGUGGCCCACUUUAAGUCCUGGAUUGAGGCAAACACUGUAUAAAUAUUCUGCAUCAUGUAUCACAUUCGCAAAGUAAUAAAGGACACAUAC